AUGAGUUUUGACCGAGUGCCAUCCAAGUCAGAGGUCAUGGGCUGGAAUCCACACCAAUUGUCAGACUACAUGAGGAGGGUAAGUCAUUUUCAGGUUAAUUUUGCACCUUUUGUUGACAGUUCACAACCUGUAAAAGCUUUCCUUAAUUCUCUGUCUUACAACAUCAUAUUCAAAGCUACUUCACAGUGCCCAUAUUAAUUCAUUUUUUUCUGAAUUUACAGUUGGAGUUAAGUGGAUGUGACAAAGUCAUCAUGAAAUGUAAAAUAAAUGGGCAAAGGUUCUUGGUAAGUGAUAUGAAGCAAAUGUGUGUCCAUUUUCCCAUGUUUUCCUUGUAUAGUUGGACUAGAAGACAAAAUAAUUAAUCUUUGAUUAAGGAUUUCAUUUUAUUUUGGGGGGGGGGGGGGGGGGGGGACUGUCAUGUAAUAUAUCACUUGAUGGAAAUACUUAAUCUAUCAUUUUGUAGAACAUGAGUGAAAAUGAGCUUCAGAAAUUCCCCAAAAUCCAUUCACCGUGAGUAUUCCAUUACUUUUUCUUUAAUUAUGUGAAACUGAACAUUUCAACAAUUACAUCAAACCAUUUUUACAUGCUCACACGGAAAACCAGCAUAGGCACCCAGGUACACUUUUGGGUGGACCAUUGUGAGGCAAAAUGAAGACCACUCAGCUUCUUAUGCCCCUGAACAAUGAAAAUGUUGGGAAAUAUGAUAAUUGCACAGGGAGAGGAAACUAUUCAACAGAGAUAAAAAAAAAAAAAUGGAGCAACAUGAAUGUUUUAGGGCAGGAAACUGUAAAGAGGGGGACCAAGAACGACCAGAGGGAUAGACAGAUAGGGAGGAGAGUGGUAGGGUGCCUUAUUUUAAAAUACAAAUUGGAGAGCCAAAGCAUGACAUUGAAACUUCAAUCUACUUAAGAUACCACAUCCUGUCACAGGCGGACUCAAGUAGCACUCACCAAUCACUGCUCACAAUAUUGAACAUGUGACAAAUGCUCAGAACAAAACUAUAAGGGAAUUAUUGACUGUGUCGAUACGCGACUGUGUGACAAAAGAUGGAAACACUGUUUGCCCCAAAAUAUGGUAGCAGUAUUGACUGCCACAAUGUUGUCUGCUCUUUUUACAGACUCAUCUCCAAAAUCUGCUGUGAAAUCAACAGGAAAGAAGAAAAAAGGCCAUUCUUUACUAAAAGGUAACUUUUUGCAAUUCUUAGCUAUUCAACAUAAGUAGUUUAAUUCAAAGCAAUAUCCAAGCACAACCUUGCUCUCCUCUGUAUUUUCUCUAGAUCUGCAGCACCAAAAUAUAAUGAACCAGGUAUGGAUGAUUUUGAAUUUGAAAGGAUAGACCUUACCCUAGAUCAAGUUAUUAUGAUCGACAUAGAAGCAAUUGGAACAUGAUAAAUGGGCAAUUUUACCAUUGUACUGCUACUUACUGCAGAUACAUCGCAAGAGGUUCAGCCCUGGGGACCUGAUGAAUUUGUAAGUCUGUCUUUGGCUAUGUUACUCUACUGCAUUCCAUUCCUCCCUGUUUUAUUCAGUUCAAGUGUCUUGUUCCUCUCUGGAUUAUUUAUCUUUUCAUCAAUAUUUAACUUGGUUGUCUGUCACUCCCAGGAUGAGGUGAGUGACGAUGACUAUGAGAGCCCAGAUGCUGAGGCUGAUGACGGCAGUGGGGGCGAUUACGAGUCACCAACAGAGGGGCCGGAGGUUGGAGGUGAGGACAGUGACAACGACUAUGAGCCACCUCCGUCUGAGCCGCCUGAUGAGAUUCCCCAUCAGCUCUGUGCUGCCAAGCGCAAUGCUGACGAUUACUACAUUGGUACGGAGACAUCAGUACAACACUGCCUUGCUCAACUCCUCUCACAAAGGACAUAUGUUGUGUCUUUGUAUUGUCCCACAUUGAUUAUAUUUUGUGUGUGAAUGUUUGCAUCUAUCUGUCUGUAUGUAUGUCUGUCUGUGUUUCUGUCUGUGUUUAGAUAGUACCCCGCACCGCGGUACAGCUCUAAGCCAGCCACCUCCACCACCUCAACGCCCUGGGCCUGGUCCUCCACUCCCCUCCGCCAGUCGCCCUAGUGUAAGUAUGUUCCCUCUGACUGCACCCCUCUUUCAAUCCUCCACUCUCUCCUUUCACUCAGUCCCUCACCAUUACGUUAAACUCCUUGUAUCUGCAGCUAGUGGAGCCUCCCCCACCCAGAAGGGAGCAAUCUCCCCAGCGCCCUGGCAGACUACCUGGCAAGAGUAAGUGUACACUCUGGAAUGUUAAUAUCUCACUAUAAAUACAGCAUUUGAACACUUUUUAGUCAGUUGUUUAGAUUUUUACCUUGUCUUUUUGUAUUGUCUUUCAAAGUGCCUGCUCCUUUCUCAAGUGCUCCACCUGCUCCACCAAUUGACCGUAGAAUAAAGCCCACCAAACUGGAUCGAACAAGCCUUAAUGAUUCUCCAAUACCAGGUACUCUCACACCAAUCCAAACCUAGCAAGCAAAAGUUUACUACAGUAGUUGUCUGUUCUUACACCUGCUCUGUUUGUCCACACAGCAAGGAAGUUGAACACAACAGAUAGGGUGAGAAUAAAAUUUGAUUAUGUUCUGAUUAGUCCUAUAUUGUGUCCAAACAACUUUCUUCUCAUCCCUACAUCAUCGCUCAAUGUCAAGUGAAGAUAAAUAUACAUAAACUCAGCAAGAAAAGAGACGUUCCCUUUUCAAGACCCUUUCUUUCAAAAAAAAAUUCGUAAAAAUCUAAAUAACUUCACAGAUCUUCAUUGUAAAGGGUUUAAACACUGUUUCCCAUGCUUGUUCAAUGAACCAUAAACAUUUAAUGAACAUGCACCUGUGGAACGGUCAUUAAGACACUAACAGCUUACAGACGGUAUGCAAUUAAGGUCACAGUUAUGAAAACUUAGGACACUAAAGAGGCCUUUCUACUGACUCUGAAUAACACGAAAAGAAAGAUGCCCAGGGUCCCUGCUCAUCUGCGUGACAGUGCCUUAGGCAUGCUGCAAGGAGGCAGGAGGACUGCAGAUGUGGCCAGGGCAAUAAAUUGCAAUGUCCGUACUGUGAGACGCCUAAGACAGCGCUACAGGGAGACAGGACGGACAGCUGAUCGUCCUCGCAGUGGCAGACCAUGUGUAACAGCACCUGCACAGGAUCGAUACAUCCGAAUAUCACACCUGCGGGACAGGUACAGGAUGGCAACAACAACUGCCCGAGUUACACCAGGAACGCACAAUCCCUCCAUCAGUGCUCAGACUGUCCGCAAUAGGCUGAGAGAGGCUGGACUGAGGGCUUGUAGGCCUGUUGUAAGGCAGGUCCUCACCAGACAUCACCGGCAACAACGUCGCCUAUGGGCACAAACCCACCGUCGCUGGACCAGACAGGACUGGCAAAAAGUGCUCUUCACUGAUGGUCGGAUUCGCGUUUAUCGUCGAUGGAAUGAGCGUUACACCAAGGCCUGUAAUCUGGAGCGGAUCGAUUUGGAGGUGGAGGGUCCGUCAUGGUCUGGGGCGGUGUGUCACAGCAUCGUCGGACUGAGCUUGUUAUCAUUGCAGGCAAUCUCAACGCUGUGCGUUACAGGGAAGACAUCCUCCUCCCUCAUGUGGUACCCUUCCUGCAGGCUCAUCCUGAUAUGACCCUCCAGCAUGACAAUGCCACCAGCCAUACCACUCUUUCUGUGCGUGAUUUCCUGCAAGACAGGAAUGUCAGUGUUCUGUCAUGGCCAGCGAAGAGCCCGGAACUCAAUCCCAUUGAGCACGUCUGGGACCUGUUGGAUCGGAGGGUGAGGGCUAGGGCCAUUCCCCCCAGAAAUGUCUGGGAACUUGCAGGUGCCUUGGUGGAAGAGUGGGGUAACAUCUCACAGCAAGAACUGGCAAAUCUGGUGCAGUCCAUGAGGAGGAGAUGCACUGCAGUACUUAAUGCAGCUGGUGGCCACACCAGAUACUGACUGUGACUUUUGAUUUGGAACCCCCCUUUGUUCACGGACACAUUAUUUAAUUUCUGUUAGUCACAUGUCUGUGGAACUUGUUCAGUUUAUGUCUCAGUUGUUGAAUCUUGUUAUGUUUAGACAAAUAUUUACACGUUAAGUUUGCUGAAAAUAAAUGCAGUUGACGAUGAGAGGACGUUUCUUUUUUUGCUGAGUUUAUAUAUUUUAUGUGCUUGCUGAAGUUAUAUUUUGCUUUUAUAUAACUGCUAUAGGCAUGUCUAUAUGUGAGUGUUUAAAGGCCAUCCCAGAAUCUUUACUAAUAGUUUGAAAUAGGAAGAUUUCACAAUGAAGUGUAUGACAUGUUUGUUUUUCCUCACACACGCAGCCUGCUCCACAUUUAUGGAGGUAAUUCAUUUUUUUUUUGUCUAUUGCUUUCCUUCAUAUAACUUCUCUCAAUUCUAUUUCAUGUCAUUGACAAUGCACCUCCUUCCCUGUUUGAAUUGUGACUGCACGUGUAUACGUGCCACAUUUGUUGUACAUACACUCAGUAAUAGAACUGUACCUUUUCUUAAGAAAUUAAACAAGCUAUAACUGAAAUGCUCACUACACUGAACUGUCUGGGAACAUCUGACUUCACAUACCUUCUAUUUCCAGGCCUCAGGCAGAAGAGAGGAGUCCAGACCCUCCCAGGAUGCCCAAACCUCCCCUCCCUGUGUCAGCUAGAGUCAUCAGGAGCAGCUCAUCGGUGGGCAACAGGUCUGCAGUGCACCCAGCCUCCCUUCAUACUCCAUACAACACAGCUCCAGACACACAUCAUGUCAUAUACAGUGAGGGGGGGAAAAGUAUUUGAUCCCCUGCUGAUUUUGUACGUUUGCCCACUGACAAAGAAAUGAUCAGUCUAUCAUUUUUAUGGUAGGUUUAUUUGAACAGCGAGAGACAGAAUAACAACAAAAUAAUCCAGAAAAACGCAUGUCAAAAAUGUUAUAAAUUGAUUUGCAUUUUAAUGAGGGAAAUAAGUAUUUGACCCCCUCUCAAUCAGAAAGAUUUCUGGCUCCCAGGUGUCUUUUAUACAGGUAACGAGCUGAGAUUAGGAGCACACUCUUAAAGGGAGUGCUCCUAAUCUCAGCUUGUUACCUGUAUAAAAGACACCUGUCCACAGAACCAAUCAAUCAAUCAGAUUCCAAACUCUCCACCAUCGCCAAGACCAAAGAGCUCUCCAAGGAUGUCAGGGACAAGAUUGUAGACCUACACAAGGCUGGAAUGGGCUACAAGACCAUCGCCAAGCAGCUUGGUGAGAAGGUGACAACAGUUGGUGCGAUUAUUCGCAAAUGGAAGAAACACAAAAUAACUGUCAAUCUCCCUCGGCCUGGGGCUCCAUGCAAGAUCUCACCUCGUGGAGUUGCAAUGAUCAUGAGAACGGUGAGGAAUCAGCCCAGAACUACACGGGAGGAUCUUGUCAAUGAUCUCAAGGCAGCUGGGACCAUAGUCCCCAAGAAAACAAUUGGUAACACACUACGUGAAGGACUGAAAUCCUCCAGCGCACGCAAGGUCCCCCUGCUCAAGAAAGCACAUAUACAUGCCCAUCUGAAGUUUGCCAAUGAACAUCUGAAUGAUUCAGAGGAGAACUGGGUGAAAGUAUUGUGGUCAGAUGAGACCAAAAUGGAGCUCUUUGGCAUCAACUCAACUCGCCGUGUUUGGAGGAGGAAUGCUGCCUAUGACCAAGAAUCUGCCAAGAACACCAUCCCCACCGUCAAACAUUGAGGUGGAAACAUUAUGCUUUGGGGGUAUUUUUUUGCUAAGGGGACAGGACAACUUCACCGCAUCAAAGGGACGAUGGACGGGGCCAUGUACCAUCAAAUCUUGGGUGAGAACAUCCUUCCCUCAGCCAGGGCAUUGAAAAUGGGUCGUGGAUGGGUAUUCCAGCAUAACAAUGACCCAAAACACACGGCCAAGGCAACAAAGGAGUGGCUCAAGAAGAAGCACAUUAAGGUCCUGGAGUGGCCUAGCCAGUCUCCAGACCUUAAUCCCAUAGAAAAUCUGUGGAGGCAGCUGAAGGUUCGAGUUGCCAAAUGUCAGCCUCGAAACCUUAAUGACUUGGAGAAGAUCUGCAAAGAGGAGUUGGACAAAAUCCCUCCUGAGAUGUGUGCAAACCUGGUGGUCAACUACAAGAAACAUCUGACCUCUGUGAUUGCCAACAAGGGUUUUGCCACCAAGUACUAAGUCAUGUUUCGCAGAGGGGUCAAAUACUUAUUUCCCUCAUUAAUAUGCAAAUCAAUUUAUAACAUUUUUGACAUGCGUCUUUCUGGAUUUUGUUGUUGUUAUUCUGUCUCUCACUGUUCAAAUAAACCUACCAUUAAAAUUAUAGACUGAUAAUUUCUUUGUCAGUGGGCAAACGUACAAAAUCAGCAGGGGAUCAAAUACUUUUUUCCCUCACUGUACAUUACAUAUCAACUGAUCCUUAAAUAAACACACUGUGUUCAAUGGUUAGGGAAGUACAGUACACUCAAUCAGGAAUAAAUGGGGUGGCGGAGUGGAAUUGUGGUUGUUUACUUAGUGGGAGCUAAUUGAGCUGGGGUGAAUCACUGCCACAGAUCACAGCUUUGUAGGACCUUUGCUUGUGGUACAAAGGAGAAACUCUUUGCAUCACAACAUGUGAAUCGUUUUAUGAUUACCCUUCCAGUUUUCCAUCCGUGUUUCGUUUGAUUUGUUGGUUGUUGCACAUAUUUGGCCAAAUCUUUGUGCUCGCUUACUCAGUUUGACACGAAUUAGCAAUAUGCAAGUUAAUAUAACAACUCAUUCAUCUGUAAUGUCCAUUUCUGUUGCAGAUAUGUGCCUGAUCCAAGAAAUGAGGUAAGGCUAUUUCACGGGAUCACCACAAUGGUGGAAGUUGCUAAUAAGGAUUUUGAAACUAUCUUUAGCUUCACUAAAGCCCUGUUUAUACCUGGUUCUAACAUGCAUCCUUUGUCCUGAUCUUGUCCACAUUCUGAUUGUGCCCACAUUUGACAGAUAUAGUAAACAAAUAAAAUACGCAUUGUGAUCAGAUCUUCCUGACCACCUCUGGAGGUCGUCAGGCACUCAUUGUCUCUGGAUAUCUUGCAAGUGUAGAUGGAUCUGGAUAGUGAAAACAUUUAAAAUCAUAAAUAUCCCGCCCUCUAAAAUCAUUGACAGGUGUCAUGUGUUUUAAAAUAAAUACAUAUUCUUUUGAAAGAAUAUCCCUUCAAAUAAUAACCAGGAAAUUCGGUCACAAUGCGGACAUAGUGGACAGAUAAAAUACAUUUUAAUACCAUGUGUAGACACAUCUGAAAAAGUGGGCACAAUCAGUAUGUGGACAAGAUCAAAACAAAGGACUCAUGUUAGCACCAGGUAUAAACGGGGCUUGAGAAAAGGCUGCAGUUCCACCUCAUACCAUGUUCCUCUCUUAUGUCAUCAACAGGUACGAGAUGAAGGUAAGCCAUUUUCUAAAAGCUUUUUCUUCUUGUAUAAGGGGACUUUACAUUGUACUUCAUCUUCAUCCUGUUUUACCUUGAAGGACUAUGCAGUAUGUAUUUAGUUCUCAUAAUGAUUAUAUGUAUCUCUCUUCUAGUGCCCAUGGCCAAACCCUUCAUCUCCAACACAUUUCCUAGACCAGGGCUCCCUAGACCAAUGCUCCCCGGAUUGCACUUACAUUCAGACAGGUAAGCAGUGGUGGAAAAAGUACUUAAUUGUCAUACUUGAGUAAAAGUAAAGAUACCUUAGAAAACUACUCAAGUAAAAGUGAAAGUCACCAAGUUAAAUACUACUUGAGUAAAAGUCUAAAAGUAUCUGUUUUUAAAUGUACUCAAGUACAGUGGUGGAAAAAGUACUCAAUCAUCAUACUUGAGUAAAAGUAAAUGUUAUACAUCAAAUUCCUUAUAUUAAGCAGUGGUGUAAAAAGUACCCAAAAGCCAUACUUGAGUAAAAGUAUGAAACGUAAGAGCCGUAAAUCCAAAACAGCCAGACCUUUUAUUUGGUUUGAGCUUUUCUGAAAGGUAACAAUCUUACAGACACAAGAGCUCAGAUAAAAAAAAAAAAAGAACGUGGAUUCUCAAAUAGGCAUCACUUCAAAAUACAUCUCUUACAGACUAAAUAUAAUUAUUCCUUAAUUACAAAGGAAUAUAGCCAGUAAACGUAAGCACUUACAAUCACAGUCACUUUGCUUUAGAAAAAACAUCCUAUAAUAGAACCCUAUACAUAAAAAAUUGAUGAGCAUAUCAAAAGUACAUGUACAGAACUGCACACAACCUCACUGUAGGAAUAUGAGGACAUCACCACUGAUAGAACUGUAUUACAAAUCAGUGUGUCAGGUCAUGCCUUUGUAACAAGGACACCUAUAACUUGUGAAUUCUAAACAUAAAUUAACAAAACGCAUAAGGCAUCCGUGUCCUUGGGCUUGCUAGCGUUAAUGCUGAACAGCCUUUCACAUGCAGCUGAUGCAGGUAAGGGUGUGUUUAGCCUCAGAGACAGCUUACAGACUGACGGGAAGGACUUGAGCAACUCCAUAUGAUCAGCUGAACAGGCCAGGUAUCCGUCCAGCUGAGAAGAAGUCCUCCUCAUCUGAUGAACUGGUGCCAUCACCUAGCUGUAGCAAGGGUUCUUCCAGGUGGUCCUUGAUGUAGUCCAUUCCUGAUAUACAAGGAAGAUGACAAUAGAAAUCAGGCCGUUAUGAGCCUACAUUAAUCCAUCCCCAUCCCCCAUCUAUAUAAACCAAGCAACAGGGCUAAGUAGGCUACCCAUUGGACUGAUCCACAAAGUCAGGACUGUAGUUUAAAUGGGUGGUUCUCAAAUCUAUGAAGUGUCAAAAUGUACACUAUACACAGUUAUGAAUAAUAAAAUACUGUUAAUUAACCAUGUUGUCUUACCCAUUCUGAUGGUGGCGUCAUCCUUUGCCCACGUUGUUUUGCAUUUGGGGAGAAGGAUUGCAGCUGCGAUCAGCUCAGGGUCGUGAAACAUGUGGCUGAAGCGCUUCUUCAAUCCCAGUUGUAGCGCAUCCACCAGAGGCUUACAGUACUUCAGGGACAACUUGAGUCGGUCAAGUGUUGUGAUCAGCAGGUUGAUAGUUGAUAACUCUGACGGCCGCCUCUCCUUUGUCUUUGACGAUCCUCAGGAGUCUUUCUACAGCCAUGAACCAGGAGUUCCACCUUGUAGCAUUCGGGGGCAGUAGCUGGAGGUCGCAAGCAUCUUCAACCGUUUCAGCUGCAAGUGUGGAUCUUCCGCAUUUGUUCCAAAGUGCUUGGCACUUGCCAAAUGUUGAACGGGACACUUUUUUGUAAGCCUCACUGGAUGUUGCUUUCAGGGCAUCGACUGUAGAUACUAAGUUGAGUUGGUGGCAAGCACAGCGCUGGUGCUUCGGCAGCUGGUACUCAAAACCAUCAUCUUCAUUCAGGAUCGUUGCCACAUCAACAAACUCCACUUCUUCACUCUCCUCUUGUUCCUCUUCACCAUCUUCCUGUCCUGGCUGAGCUGCUUCACCACCCACUGCUUCCACUGUCUUGGGGUUUUCAUCUUCUCCAAAAACUUGGAAAGCUUUCAAGAAGUUAGAGCCGUUGUCUGUUGUUGUUCUCACAAUCUUACCCCGGAUUUCAAACUCAGAAUGGAUGUCAUUUAGGGCGCCUGCCAACACGUCAAAGGUGUGCGAUCCUCUCAACCGUUUACAGGCCAGGGCUGCAGAGCAUCUGUUGAGAUUGUCAGGGUCUAUCCAGUGGGCUGUGACACCAAUGAAGCUCCGUCUUCUUGCAGACCAGCAGUCGGUGUUGGUGGCGAUGUGGUCAACUCCUCUCAUGGCCUCAGUCACCUUCUUCAUUUCCGUGGAGGCUUCAUCAAUCCUGGAGCGCAGGGUGGGCCUUGAUAAGAUCUUUGAGUUAGGCUGCAGAUCCUGGACAAACUCUCUGAACGGUUCUUGUUCUACAACAGCGAAUGGUUGGAGCCCUUGGACCACACACUUCACCACAGCUUUGUCUAUGAAUUUUUGAGACUGUCUUCAGUAAUGCGCUCUGCCUGGUGGAGGAGGGAGUCUUAGGGGCAUGUUUUCUCUUCAGUGUGUUUGCCAUCAGUUCUCCAUACUUCUUAAGAUGGUUUACAUGCUUUCUCUGAAAUAAGAAUAAAAGGAAAAGAGAAAGACUGUUACUUAGCUACAUAACUACCAUCACCAAAUACUUAAGGUAUAGGAUCCUAAUUUUAAAGCUAUAAACAACAUUAGUUAAGUGAGAGUUUGUGACCACCAUUUAAUAUUACAAUGAGAAAAAAACUAUGUUAAUUGAUCUAGCAAGUAGGUUAAGUCAAUAACUUAAGUCUACAGUAAUUAGCUAGGUAGGAACAACUUUAUCAACUAACACAAUUAAUAAAAUGGCUAGCUAACACCCGAAAGCUAACAUUAGUUAGUUAGACCAGGUGUUCACAGAAAAGGUAUUUGGCUAGACUAACGCUAGCUGACUAAAAUGGGCCCAGAUUUGGAAACCUACUAGUUAGCUAGCUUAUUAACAAGCCAGCUAGUUAGCUCGUGUCAGUUUAGUUAGAUUGCGUUAGCUAACAAAGCUUUCGAAUCUGGGCACAUUUUAGCCAGCUAAAGUAGGUAGCUACUAGCUAGUGAACUAUUUAGGUAUAUAGGAUUAGCUAGCAUCAACGAACACUGCUUGUUGCAUUAGCAAAUGUGGGCUAGCAAGGUUAGCUAGCAUGCUAACGUUAUUCUAGCUAGCAAGCUAACAGUAGGCUUACCUCAAUGUGUUUUGUUAGCUUCGAAGGCGAGUUCUUGAACGCUAGUAUUUCCUGAACUUUUGGUAAACAUAACAGACGUUUCAACCGGUAGGAUGAAUCCUUCAUUCUGAGAAAAUAAAACAUUUAUUUUAGAUACAGCGAAGGGUGUUCGUCUUCAUCGGGAGGUGGUGGUAGAGCGAUGUCUGACAUGAUUGUGCGAUUUCGGACACGCUUGGCCAAAGUGCUACUGAGUGGAUGACUGUUUUGCAAGUGACAGGCUCCCGGUGUUUGGCCUUUGCACUUUAGGACCCUUGGAUUUGCCCAAACUGAUGAGGAUUGGAUCAACUCUGAAUGUCGUCGCCUGCUGCAUUGCAAAACAAGUUCACCCAUGAGUGUGCCGACUCGCCGAUGUUGCUUGCAUAUUUUUUCCAACAUGAUUCGUUUUUUUCUUCCAGCUUCAGAUUGAUUUGAUUUUGUAGCGAGUAACGAAGGUGUCAGGGGAAAUGAAUCGGAGUAAAAGUAUACUUAUUUUUUUAAUUUAGUGAAGUAAAAGUAAAAGUCGACAAAUAUAAAUAGUAAAGUACAGAUACCCCAAAAAACUACUUAAGUACAGUAACAUUACUUUACACAACUGCAGGUAAGAUCAGUUGUUUUGUCAUGUCAAAGUUAGGAAGGAAAAUGGCUAUAUGGUUUAUAUGGAGGACAUAAUUUUGCAGAGGUGAUGGAAUUAAAAGGUGCACACAUUUGAAUGGUAAUCUGCAAACUCUUGUUCCAUCUCUCUCCAGUUUGUCACCUAAUAUCGCUUCAAGUGCUUCAAGACUGCAGGCAUGUGAGUGCUGUAUUUUCACUUCAGUCCCCAUUAUCAGACACUACCGUGGUAAAGGAUACUGUGUAAAUAUGACUCACAAUUUCUCGAUUGAUAACUGAUUGGAUUCUCCUUUUUCCUUUGUAAGCUUUCUCACACAGGAGCAAGAUUAUGCCCGCGCCGCUACCUGUGCAAGCUUCUAUGCCCCCACCGGCAGACCAAGAGGAUGAACAGGUGACCGCCUACCAUACAGACAGACAGACUCUCGAAUAUGAACGUACUUACGUUGAACCUGAUCUAGUGAUGCAAUGACUUGCAUAGCUCAGUAGGUAGCGCCAUUGUAUUGUUCUUCUAAGGGAGUAUUGUAGAUUCUGGCUGCAGCCCCUAGUCUUAAUAGCUGUAGUGUCUACAAGCUGAGCCCUUUGACUCUGUGAGACUAGUCAGAUCCUAUUGAAUAAAUCAAAUAUUUCAGUAGGCCCUCAUACAAUAAUGUAUAUGCAAAUAAUGGUAAUUGAGCAUUUAAUCAAUCAAAUGUAUUUAUAAAGCCCUUUUUACAUCAGCAGAUGUCACAAAGUGCUAUACAGAAACCCAGCCUAAAACCCCAAACAACAAGCAAUGCAGAUGUAGAAGCAUGGUGGCUAAGAAAAACUCCCUAGAAAGGCAUGAACCUAGGAAGUACCCUAGAGAGGAACCAGGCUCUGAGGGGUGGCCAAUCCUCUUCUGGCUGUGCCGGGUGGCGAUUAUAAGAGUACAUGGCCAUUAAGGCCAGAUUGUUCUUCAAGAUGUUCAAAUGUUCAUAAAUGACCAGCAGGGUUGUAGAGGGUGCAACAGGUCAAUACCUCAGGAGUAAAUGUCAGUUGGCUGUUCAUAGCCGAGCAUUCAGAGGUCGAGAGAGAGGUCGAGAGCGAGACGAAAACAGCAGAUCCGGGACAAGGUAGCACGUCCGGUGAACAGGUCAGGGUUCCAUAGCCGCAGGCAGAACAGUUGAAACUGGAGCAGCAGCACGACCAGGUGUACUGGGGACAGCCAGGAGUCAUCAGGCCAGGUAGUCCUGAGGCAUGGUCCUAGGGCUCAGGUCCUCUGGGAGGGGAGAGAGCACACUUAAAUUCACACAGGACAACAGAUAAGACAGGAGAAUUACAUCAGAUGCAGUGCAUUUGGAAAGUAUUCAGACCCCUUUACUUUUUCCACAUUUUGUUACAUUCUAAAAUUGAUUAAAUUGUUUUUUUUCCCCUCAUCAAUCUACUCACAAUACCCCAUAAUGACAAAGCAAAAACAGAUUUUUAGAAAUGUUUGCAAAUGUAUUAAAAAUGAAAAACGGAAAUAUCACAUUUACAUAAGUAUGCAGACCCUUUACUCAGUACUUUGUUGACGCACCUUUGGCAGUGAUUACAGCCUCGAGUCUUCUUGGAUAUGAUGCUACAAGCUAGGCACAUCUGUAUUUGGGGAGUUUCUCCCAUUCUUCUCUGCAGAUCCUCUCAAGCUCUCAGGUUGAAUGGGAGCGUCGCUGCACAGCUAUUUUCAGGUCUCUCCAGAGAUGUUCAAUCUGGUUCAAGUCCGGGCUCUGGCUAGGCCACUCAAGGACAUUCAGAGACUUGUCCCGAAGCCACUCCAGCGUUGUCUUGGCUGUGUGCUUAGGGUCGUUGUCCUGUUGGAAGGUGAACCUUCGCCCCAGUCUGAGGUCCUGAGUGCUCUGGAGCAAGUUUUCAUUAUGGGUCUCUCUGUACUUUGAUCCGUUCAUCUUUCUCUCGAUCUUGACUAGUCUCCCAGUCCCUGCCGCUGAAAACAUCCCCACAGCAUGAUGCUGCCACCGCCAUGCUUCACCAUAGGGAUGGUGCCAGGUUUCCUCCAGAUGUGACGCUUGGCAUUCAGGCCAAAGAGUUCAAUCUUGGUUUCAUCAGACCAGAUAAUCUUGUUUCUCAUGGUCGGAGAGUCCUUUAGGUGGCUUUUGGCAAACUCCAAGUGGGCUAUCAUGUGCCUUUUACUGGGGAGUGGCUUCCAUCUGGCCACUCUACCAUAAAGGCCUGAUUGGUGGAGUGCUGUAGAGAUUGUUGUCCUUCUGGAAGGUUCUCCCAUCUCCACAGAGGAACUCUGGAGCUCUGUCAGAGUGACCAUUGGAUUCUUGGUCACCUCCCUGACCAAGGCCCUUCUCCCCCAAUUGCUCAGUUUGGCCGGGCAGCCAGCUCUAGGAAGAGUCUUGGUGAUUCCAAACUUCGUCCAUUUAAGAAUGAUGGAAUCCACUGUGUUCUUGGUGACCUUCAAUGCUGCAGAAAUCUUUUGGUACCCUUCCCCAGAUCUGUGCCUCGACACAAUCCUGUCUGAGCUCUACAGACAAUUCCUUUGACCUCAUGGCUUGGUUUUUGCUCUGACAUGCACUGUCAACUGUGUGACCUUAUAUAGACAUGUGUGUUCCUUUCCAAAUCAUCUCCAAUCAAUGUAAUUUACCACAGGUGGACUCCAGUCAAGUUGUAGAAACAAGGAUGAUCAAUGGAAACAGGAUGCACCUGAGCUCAAUUUCGAGUCUCAUAGCAAAGGGUCUGAAUAUUUGUAAAUAAGGUAUAUCUGUUUUGUUUUUUUCACUUUGUCAUUAUGGGAUAUUGUCUGUAGAUUGAUGAGGAUAAAAAAAAUAUACAGUGGGGAGAACAAGUAUUUGAUACACUGCCGAUUUUGCAGGUUUUCCUACUUACAAAGCAUGUAGAGGUCUGUAAUUUUUAUCAUAGGUACACUUCAACUGUGAGAGACGGAAUAUAAAACAAAAAUCCAGAAAAUCACAUUGUAUGAUUUUUUAAGUAAUUCAUUUGCAUUUUAUUGCAUGACAUAAGUAUUUGAUCACCUACCAACCAGUAAUCAUUCCUGCUCUCACAGACCUGUUCGUUUUUCUUUAAGAAGCCCUCCUGUUCUCCACUCAUUACCUGUAUUAACUGCACCUGUUUGAACUCGUUACCUGUCUAAAAGACACCUGUCAACAAACUCAAUCAAACAGACUCCAACCUCUCCACAAUGGCCAAGACCAGAGAGCUGUGUAAGGACAUCAGGGAUAAAAUUGUAGACCUGCACAAGGCUGGGAUGGGCUACAGGACAAUAGGCAAGCAGCUUGGUGAGAAGGCAACAACUGUUGGCGCAAUUAUUAGAAAAUGGAAGAAGUUCAAGAUGACGGUCAAUCACCCUCGGUCUGGGGCUCCAUGCAAGAUCUCACCUCGUGGGGCAUCAAUGAUCAUGAGGAAGGUGAGGGAUCAGCCCAGAACUACAUGGCAGGACCUGGUCAAUGACCUGAAGAGAGCUGGGACCACAGUCUCAAAGAAAACCAUUAGUAACACACUACGCCGUCAUGGAUUAAAAUCCUGCAGCGCACGCAAGGUCCCCCUGCUCAUGCCAGCGCAUGUCGAGGCCCGUCUGAAGUUUGCCAAUGACCAUCUGGAUGAUCCAGAGGAGGAAUGGGAGAAGGUCAUGUGGUCUGAUGAGACAAAAAUAGAGCUUUUUGGUCUAAACUCCACUCGCCGUGUUUGGAGGAAGAAGAAGGAUGAGUACAACCCCAAGAACACCAUCCCAACCGUGAAGCAUGGAGGUGGAAACAUCAUUCUUUGGGGAUGCUUUUCUGCAAAGGGGACAGGACGACUGCACCAUAUUGAGGGGAGGAUGGAUGGGGCCAUGUAUCGCGAGAUCUUGGCCAACAACCUCCUUCCUCAGUAAGAGCAUUGAAGAUGGGUCGUGGCUGGGUCUUCCAGCAUGACAACGACCCGAAACACACAACCAGGGCAACUAAGGAGUGGCUCCGUAAGAAGCAUCUCAAGGUCCUGGUGUGGCCUAGCCAGUCUCCAGACCUGAACCCAAUAGAAAAUCUUUGGAGGGAGCUGAAAGUCUGUAUUGUCCAGCGAGAGCCCCGAAACCUGAAGGAUCUGGAGAAGGUCUGUAUGGAGGAGUGGGCCAAAAUCCCUGCUGCAGUGUGUACAAACCUGGUCAAGACCUACAGGAAACGUAUGAUCUCUGUAAUUGCAAACAAAGGUUUCUGUACCAAAUAUUAAGUUCUGCUUUUCUGAUGUAUCAAAUACUUAUGUCAUGCAAUAAAAUGCAAAUUAAUAAUCUGGAUUUUUGUUUUAGAUUCCGUCUCUCACAGUUGAAGUGUACCUAUGAUAAAAAUUACAGACCUCUACAUGCUUUGUAAGUAGGAAAACCUGCAAAAUCGGCAGUGUAUCAAAUACUUGUUCUCCCCACUGUAUAUCCAUUUUAGAAUAAGGCUGUAACAACAAAAUGUGGAAAAAGUCAAGCGGUCUGAAUGCACUGUAUAACAGACUGACCCUAGCCCCCUGGCACAUAGACUAUUGCAGCAUAGAUACUGGAGGCUGAGACAGGGGGGGUCGUGGACACUGGCCCUGUCCGACGAUACCCCCGGACAGGGCCAACCAGGCAGGAUAUAACCCCACCCACUUUGCCAAAGCACAGCCCCUACACCACCAGAAGGAUAUCAACAGACCACCAACUUACUACCCUGAGACAAGGCUGAGUAUAGCCCACGAAAAUCUCCUCCAACGUACGAGCCCAAGGGGGCGCAAAACCAGAGAGGAAGAUCACGUCUGACUCAACCCACUCAAGUGACGCACCCCUCCUAGUGACGGCAUGGAAGAGCACUAGCAAGCCAGUGACUCAGCCCCCGUAAUAGGGUCAGAGGCAGGGAAUCCCAGUGGAGAGAGGGGAGCCGGGCAGGCAGAGACAGCAAGGGCGGUUCGUCGCUCCAGUGCCUUGGCUUUCACCAUGAGUCUUCAGUAAAGACUUAAAGGUCGAGACCGAGUCUGUGUCUUUCACAUGGAUAGGCAGACCAUUCCAUAAAAAUUGAGCUCUAUAGGAGAAAGCCCUGCCUCCAGCUGUUUGCUUAGAAAUUCUAGGGACAAUAAGGAGGCCUGCAUCUUGACCGUAGCGUACGUGUAGGUAUGUAUGGCAGGACCAAAUCGGAGAGAUAAGUAGGAGCAAGCCCAUGUAAUGUUUUGUAGGUUAGCAGUAAAACCUUACAUUUACCAGACGCUCUUAUCCAGAGCAACUUACAGUUAGUGAAUACAUAUAUUUUUUAUACUGGCCCCCCGUGGGAAUCGAACCCACAACCCUGGCGUUACAAACACCAGGCUCUAUCAACUGAGCUACAUCCCUGCCGGCCAUUCCCUCCCCUACCCUGGGCCAAUUGUGCGCCGCCCCAUGGGUCUCCCGGUCACGGCCGGCUGCGACAGAGCCUGGAUUCGAACCAGGAUCUCUAGUGGCACAGUUAGCACUGCGAUGCAGUGCCUUAGACCACUGCGCCACUGCGCCACUCAGGAGGAACUCACCUUGAAAUCAGCCCUAGCCUUAACAGGAAGCCAGUGUAGAGAGGCUAGCACUGGAGUAAUAUAUGAUCAAAUUUUUUGGUUGUAGUCAAGAUUCUAGCAGCCGUGUUUAGCACUAACUGAAGUUGUAUUUAGUGCUUUAUCCGGGUAGCCGGAGAGUAGAGCAUUGCAGUAGUCUAAUCUAGAAGUGACAAAAGCACGGAUUAGCUUUUCUGCAAAAUUUUUGGACCAAAUGUUUCUGAUUUUUGCAAUGUUCCGAAGAUGUAAAAAAUAUUAUUGAUAUGUUCAUCAAAAGACGACAAAUCAUUUAUAUUGAAAAAUGUGGAAACGUUGCAAAUGUAUCAAAUGUUUGUUGUGUCAUGGUUUUUGUCUGAAGCCUAUUACAGAAAUGAUCAACAGGUCACAAAGUCACAAAUCCCAUAGUAUUGAUGUGUGAUUGUGUGAAUGUGUAGGACAUGAACCCUCAGUGGUACGUUGGCAAGGUGACGCGGGGCCAAGCAGAGGGCUGUCUCAGACAGGUCAACAAGGUGAGACGUCUUCUGCUGCCAAUAUCACUCACACACCUUGUUGACUGUAAUAACAGGCAAACUCUCAUUCAUGCACUGUACUCAUAGAUUAAACGUGACAAUGGUUUUUGAAGGGGACAAUGAAAUAUCAUAUAUAGUCCAAUGUCAAUAUUUUUCUUUUAAAUGUGUAUAGUUCACCAGUGCUCUGUGGUGAUAGAAUACAGCACAAACACCACUAUGAUGAGCAAUGUUUUUCUGUUUCAUUUGCCUAUUAGGAUGGUGCAUUUCUGGUACGAGACAGUUCGAAACGCUCGUCCAUCCAGCCCUAUACGCUCAUGGUGCUCUACCAGGACAAAGUCUACAAUAUCCAGAUUCGGUGCGAACAGAAUGAGUUUCUGCUGGGAACUGGUCUUAAGGCCUCAGAGGUACACAUGAUCUACCUCAUUCAUCCUGACCAGGGCCAGGAGUUGUUCCUGAUCAUGUCACAUGGUCAGAAAUAAAUUCAGAGCCCUAAUUAUGACAAGUCAGAGUAAUAUGUGUAAUUCUAUAUCAUAUUAUCAAUCACUCUGGGGAUGACGUAUUGAGCUUUGUGAACUGAAUCCAUGUAUAUGUAAUCUGAAAGUUUGUUAUAUAGUACUUUUUGCCAAAACAUCAACUAGAAGAUUUGAUUAGAUGUACAGCCAUCUGACAUGUACAGUAUGUUUCAGCUUCUGUUAUGAUACGGCUCAAUGAAACCCUGCUAAUGGAUGGGUUCAUGUUUUAUGUUUCAGACCUUUCUGAUGGUGGCACACAUCAUCAACCAUUACAGACAGUCACCACUUCUGCUGAUUGAUGCUAAGAACCGUGAAUCAGGUCAGCAGAACCAGUGUCCUCUGAUCUACCCAGCAGGUCUCCAUCCAUCAUUUUAA